AUGCACAAUCACCCUGUCCACGCAUGCCGUACUCCAUAUCUAAUCUCAAGCGCAUACACGAAUGCGCCGACAAACGGAUACAACGGAUACCUAGUCCAUCCCACAGCGACUGAUCGGGAUGGGAGUGAUUAUCAUAAGGACGACAAAGAAGACAACCUACCCGCCACUUGCGCUUCAGUAGCAGGAUCCUGUUAUGCAUUUCACCUGCUGGCGAACUCGGAUCAAUAG